AUGAAACGCUAUAACGAUAGCAAGCAGCUUAAGCGUCGCCAAGUUCAGGCGCUGUUCAAGUUACCGAAGCUGGCUAAGGAGUCGGCUACCGAGUUGCGGUCCCUACUGGAGGGCUUCGAGCGGUCUAUGCAGACGCUAGAUCAGCUAGUUCAACCUGUUGAAUAUAAAGAUCUGCUGCUGUUGGACGUCCUAUGCGCGCGACUGGAUCCGAUAACUAGAAGAAGCUGGGAAGAACUAUCCUCAACUAAGGAGCAGGAUACGAUCAAGGAUCUAACUGAUUUUCUCCAACGUAGAGUGAAAGUCCUUGCUGCUCUACCAACCAAGUCCUCGAGUUACAAGGAAGAACCUCCUCAACAAAAAAGGGCACCGUUUCGGCACUUGAGCUACACCACUGUUCAGAGGGAACGUUGGGGCUAUGUAGCGUGCCAAGAAGAUCACCCACUAUAUCAAUGCCCGAGAUUUCAACGGAUGUCUAUACCCGAUCGAACCAAGGUGUUACGGGAUAACGGGCUCUGCCGGAACUGUUUUAGGCAUGGCCAUUGGGCGGUGGAUUGUUUAUCCCCAUAUACAUGCCGGAACUGCAGAGGUAAGUACCACACUUUGGUAUGCUCACUAACCCCAUCCAACGGAAGUAGAAACGGAUCACCGACGCUCCGAGCCCCUGCAGCGAGCAGAAGUACCCAUUCAGAAAGGCCAACUACACAAGGAGGAACACCAGCGCAGGUGUCAUCCAAUGUAACCGGAACAAAGGUAUCAUCGAUACUCCUUGCAACGGCCGUCAUCCUAGUGGAAGGGAAUAACGGAGUCCGUGUUCCGGCCAGAGCACUUCUAGAUUCCGGCUCCGAGUGUAACUUCAUGACUGAGAAGCUGGCUCAACAACUGAAGGUUCAAAGGCAACGGGCGGUUGUUGAAGUAUGCGGAAUUGGACAAGCCAACAUGAAGGUGACAUCCACCAUAUGGUCACGAGUUACAGGAUUCUCGAGAAGGUUGGAAUUCCUGUUGCUGCCGAAGGUGACAGCGAAUCUCCCUACUACCAACGUAGAUGUGACGGGAUGGGAGUUUCCUGAAGGUUUGAAGUUAGCGGAUCCAACGUUUUUCAGAUCCGAGGCGAUUGACCUCGUGCUGGGCAUCAACAACUUUUUUUUAAUUCUUCAAUACCGGAAAUGA